GUGAUGUUAGUCAGCAGCUCACCACUGACUUACAAAUGACAGCCUGUUACUCCAUGUAUUGGAUGAAAGAUUUAAGGAGUUCCAUGCAGUCUAUAUCACUCAGGAGCCCAUUCAGAAACAGACUUUUUCUCAGGUGAUUCUUAGUCAAAUCAACUGGAAACCAUCCCACCAGUGACCGAAUGCUACAGUCUACAGGGCCAACCAUCUGGGACCUAGCAGGGAAGUAUAAAAUUGGAUCACCAGCAAGGUAUUUUCAUGGAAAUGUCAGAGUUCUCCAAGCAGCUUAUGGAACAUCUUCAAACUGUGGGUCUGGGCCGUGCUCUGUUGUGAUUUCCUGGCACAUUAUGGAACUGACUGCUGGACUUACCAUUAUUCUGCAAAACCCAUGAAGUGGGAAGAUGCUAGGAAGUUCUGUCAAGCAAAUUACACGGAUUUAGUUGCCAUCCAAAACAAGGGAGAGAUCGAGUACCUGGAGAAGACACUGCCCUUCAGCCGCAGUUACUACUGGAUAGGGAUCCGGAAGAUAGGAAAUACGUGGACGUGGGUGGGAACCAACAAGCCCCUCACUAAGGAAGCAGAGAACUGGGGGGCUGGGGAGCCCAACAACAAGAAGUCCAAGGAGGACUGUGUAGAGAUCUACAUCAAGAGGCUCCAAGACUCGGGAAAGUGGAAUGACGACGCCUGCCACAAACGGAAGGCAGCUCUGUGCUACACAGCUUCUUGCAAGCCCAGGUCAUGCAGCGGCCAUGGAGAAUGUGUGGAAGUCAUCAAUAAUUACACUUGCAACUGUGAUGUGGGAUACUAUGGGCCCCAGUGCCAGUUUGUGGUACAGUGUGCACCUUUGGAGACCCCAGAGCUGGGCACCAUGGAUUGUACUCACCCUUUGGGAGAAUUCGCCUUUAAUUCACAGUGUACCUUCAACUGCUCUAAGGGAACAAACCUACUUGGGAUGGAAGAAACAACUUGUGGGCCAUUUGGAAACUGGUCCUCUCUAAACCCAACCUGUCAAGCAAUUCCGUGUGAGCCUCUAACAGCACCUGAUUUGGGGGCCAUGGACUGUAGUCACCCCCUGGCCAAUUUCAGCUUUACUUCUGUUUGUACCUUCAAUUGCUCAGAAGGAACUAAACUAAUUGGAGAGAAGAAAACUACUUGUGGACCAUAUAGAAUGUGGUCAAGUCAUAGUCCAAUAUGUCAAAAAUUGGACCAAAGUUUCUCAGUGAUCAAGGAAGGUGAUUAUAACCCUCUCUUCAUUCCAGUGGCGGUCAUGGUCACUGUGUUCUCUGGGCUAGCCUUUAUCAUCUGGCUAGCAAGGCGACUAAGAAAAAGCAAGAGAUCUCAGCAAAGUAUGAAUGACCCAUACUAAUUCCCCUUCUGUGAAAGAAAAUUCUGGAGAUACUAAAGAAUCAUUGGAAAAUGACCUCAAAUCCUUCCAUGAAGAGUUCUGCAUGGUGGUGUCGCCUACAUCACAGAUGAAGUGUGUGUCCUUCAGUGUGUCUGGAAGGAUGACUAAGUGAUCCAUAGCCCCUUCUGCUCCCAUUUUGCCCCUCAUCCCCAUCCCUGGCCCACAGUUGUUUAUAUAGCUCAGUCUUAUCCUUUCUGUAGAGAAAUAAGACCUUAGGGGGAAAAGAUUACUAUGAAAUAUAAAGAUGGCUGAUUUUGCUCUUUCCUAA